UUGUUUAAUCAAUUUCAGCAUUUUAAAAACGUUUUGGAAACAAGUUGAAAUAUCUCGAAAAUGGCUGCCGCCGCUGCCGCUAAGAUUGCGGAAGUCCGCGAAACUACGCGUGUGGAAAGAAUAGGAGCGCAUUCGCACAUACGAGGUUUAGGGUUAGAUGACAGUCUUGAAGCUAGACAGGUUUCCCAAGGGAUGGUGGGGCAAGUUUCAGCCCGUAGAGCAAUAGGAAUUGUUCUACAAAUGAUAAGAGAAGGUAGAAUUGCCGGUAGAGCAGUUUUAUUGGCUGGCCAACCAGGUACUGGUAAAACCGCUAUUGCCACAGCCUUGGCGGCCGCUUUAGGUUACGAUACUCCUUUCACUAGCAUGGCGGGCUCAGAAAUAUAUUCUUUGGAAAUGUCGAAAACGGAAGCCUUAACUCAGGCUAUACGUAAAAGCAUUGGCGUCAGAAUCAAGGAAGAGAGUGAAAUCAUUGAAGGUGAAGUGGUUGAAGUUCAGAUUGAGAGACCAGCCACCGGUGUCGGUACGAAAGUUGGAAAAUUGAUUUUAAAGACCACCGAUAUGGAGACUGUCUAUGAUUUGGGUGGCAAAAUGAUUGACAGUAUUUUGAAGGAGAAAGUGCAAAGUGGAGAUGUCAUCACCAUUGAUAAAGCUACGGGAAAAAUCACACGUUUGGGUCGUUCAUUCGCAAGAGCUCGCGAUUACGACGCCACUGGACAGCAAACGCGUUUCGUCCAGUGCCCGGAAGGUGAACUGCAGAAACGGAAGGAAGUAGUUCAUACCGUGACGUUGCACGAAAUCGACGUCAUCAACUCCAGAACGCACGGAUUUUUGGCUUUAUUCUCCGGGGACACCGGAGAAAUCAAAUCUGAGGUUAGGGAGCAAAUCAACGGAAAAGUGGCCGAAUGGCGCGAAGAAGGCAAGGCCGAAAUUAUACCGGGUGUUCUAUUUAUAGACGAGGUCCACAUGUUGGACAUCGAGUGUUUUUCGUUUUUAAAUAGGGCGUUGGAGAACGAUAUGUCCCCCAUUGUUAUCAUGGCUACCAACAGAGGAAUAACCAAGAUAAGAGGUACUAAUUAUACUUCCCCUCAUGGUAUACCACUGGAUUUGUUGGAUAGAAUGAUUAUUGUUCCCACUUCUCCAUACAAUGAGAAGGAGAUCAGGGAGAUUUUGAGCAUCCGUUGCGAAGAAGAAGACUGUCAGAUGUCGGAGAACGCGCUGGGCGUGCUGACGCGCAUAGCCAAAGAAACGUCUUUGCGGUACGGCAUGCAACUGAUCAUGACGUCCAGCCUGAUAUCGCGCAAGCGCAAGGCGCAAGAAAUCGACGUCGAAGACAUCAAACGGGCCUACCAACUGUUCAGCGACGAUUCCAGGUCGGUGCAGUUCCUGAGGGAGUACCAGCAAGAGUUCAUGUUCAACGAACGU